UAUGAAAAGAUGUACCAGUAUUAAUAAAUAUAUCCAACUUCACUAAUAUGAUGAAGUCGUUCAUUGUUUUCGCCGCAUUAAUUGCUUUUGCCCUUGCUGAAGUAAUCAGCGAUGAGGAAGGAAAUCUGUACCAUUUGGUACCGAUACGAGUACGAAGGCAAACAACAUGGGGAAUAGAAAAAAAUGGCCCAGGGGCGACUGCCCAUGUCCAACACCAAGGAACAAUUUUCCAAAAUGACAAACACCAUGUUACGGGAAGUGCAUUCGGAUCAAAGUCCUUUCCCCACGGACCUUUAACUGUUGGCGGUGGUGCCAGAUACAACCACAUUCCUUCAGGUUCCAAUGUAGGCGUUGGUGUGGAUCACACCCCUCAUUUCGGCACUAAUGUGCACGCCGAUGCCAAUGUAAAUUUGUGGAGGGGCAACAAAGGUAACACGCGACUUGACGCUCAGGGACAGUACAGUAAACAUUUUGGCGGACCUUGGGGUAAUGGAAGGCCCAAUUUUGGAGGAGGAUUAACUUUUACGCACAGAUUUUAAUUGUUCAAUAAUUUGUUA